AUGGCGAGGCAGGAGCUGCAGCGGCAGCUGCAGGUGCUGACCACGCUCGACGCCGCCAAGACGCAGUGGUACCACUUCACGGCGAUCGUCGUAGCGGGCAUGGGCUUCUUCACCGACGCCUACGACCUCUUCUGCAUCUCGCUCGUCACCAAGCUGCUCGGCCGCAUCUACUACACCGACCCCACCAAGCCGGACCCGGGCACGCUGCCGCCCAAUGUCGCGGCCGCGGUGAACGGCGUCGCGCUGUGCGGGACACUCGCGGGGCAACUCUUCUUCGGCUGGCUCGGCGACAGGCUCGGCCGGAAGAGCGUCUACGGCAUGACGCUGCUGCUCAUGGUGGUCUGCUCCCUCGCCUCGGGGCUCUCGUUCGGGAGCACGCCCGCUGGCGUCAUGGCCACGCUCUGCUUCUUCCGCUUCUGGCUCGGCUUCGGCAUCGGCGGCGACUACCCGCUCAGCGCCACCAUCAUGUCCGAGUACGCCAACAAGAAGACCCGCGGCGGGUUUAUCGCCGCCGUCUUCGCCAUGCAGGGAUUCGGCAUCCUCGCCGGCGGCAUCGUCACGCUUGCGCUCUCCGCGGUGUUUCGCAGGGCGUUCCAGUUGCUGGCGUAUCAGGUCGACGCCGUGGCGUCCACCGUGCCGCAGGCCGACUACGUGUGGCGCGCCAUCCUCAUGCUCGGCGCGGCGCCCGCGGUGCUGACGUACUACUGGGGGACCAAGAUGCCCGAGACGGCGCGGUACACCGCGCUGGUCGCCGGGAACGCCAAGCAGGCCGCCUCCGACAUGUCCAGGGUGCUGCAGGUGGAGAUCGAGGCGGAGGCGGAGGCGGAGGCGGAGAAGCUGGACGAGAUCACCAGGGGCAGCGACUACGGCCUCUUCUCUUCGCGGUUCGCGCGGCGCCACGGCUGGCACCUCCUCGGCACGGCCGUCACGUGGUUCCUCGUGGACAUCGCCUACUACAGCCAGAACCUGUUCCAGAAGGACAUCUUCGCCAGCAUCCACUGGAUCCCCAAGGCGCGCACCAUGAGCGCGCUCGAGGAGGUGUUCCGCAUCUCCCGCGCGCAGACGCUCAUCGCGCUCUGCGGCACCGUGCCGGGCUACUGGUUCACCGUCUUCCUCAUCGACGUCCUCGUCCGCUUCGCCAUCCAGCUCGUGGGCUUCGCCAUGAUGACCGUCUUCAUGCUCGGCCUCGCCAUCCCGUACCACCACUGGACCACGCCAGGCAACCACAUCGGCUUCGCCGUCAUGUACGGCUUCACCUUCUCCUUCGCAAACUUCGGGCCGAACGCGAUCACGUUCAUCGUGCCGGCCGAGAUCUUCCCGGCGCGGCUCCGGUCCACCUGCCACGGCAUCUCCGCUGCCGCCGGCAAGGCUGGAGCCAUCAUAGGAGCCUUCGGCUUCCUCUAUGCGGCGCAGUCUCAGGACAAGGCGCACGUGGACGCGCGGGUAUAA